GGCGAGCAGGGACCGGGAGCUCAGCGCCCUCCCCUCCGGCGGGCUCUCUCCCAGCAAGGGGGGGCUGCGCUCAGGAGAGCCGCCUCCCCCGGCCCCCCAUGGGCUCGGUGCGCCGGGGGCCGCGAUGAGCCCGGCGGGGAGCGGCGCAGCAGCAGCCCGUGUGCGCGUCCAGCGCUGCCGGCGGGGGCAGCCCCGCUAGCCUCGCCCGCCGGGCGCCGCCUGGGAUGUGGCUGCGAGCAGAAGUCGCUGCCGCGGCCGUGAGGCGGGGAGUCGGGCGCCGAGCCUGGGCUGAGCCGGGAGCGGGUCCCGCUGCCGCAGCCAUGGGGGACCGGGGGCUGCUGCUGCGCUACCUGCUGCUGGGAUUCCUGGGCUGGGGCGCGUCCGCCCAGCCGGCGGGGGGCGAGUAUUGCCACGGUUGGGUGGACGGGAACGGCCGCUACCACGAGGGCUUCCAGUGCCCGGAGGACUUCGACACGCCGGACGCCACCAUCUGCUGUGGCUCCUGCGCCCUGCGCUACUGCUGCGCCGCCGCCGAGGCCCGGCUGGAGCAGGGCGGCUGCACCAACGACCGCGAGCCGCAGAACCCGGGGGUGACAGCCCAGCCGAUCUACGUUCCUUUCCUUAUUGUUGGAUCCAUAUUCAUCGCCUUCAUUAUUGUGGGUUCGUUGGUAGCUGUUUAUUGUUGCACGUGUUUAAGACCUAAACAAACAUCACAGCCGCCAAUACGAUUCUCUCUUCGAAGCUAUCAGAUCGAGACUCUUCCAAUGAUCCUGACCUCCACUAGCCUCCGGACACCGUCCAGACAGUCCAGUACUGCAACCAGUUCAAGUUCUACUGGAGGCUCCAUUCGAAGGUUCUCUUUCGCCAGAGCAGAAUCUGGGUGUUUAGUGGCAUCUCCACCUUCACCUUACACAUCUGGCUGCUUACAAACAGGCCAUUCUAUCCACCUAACUCAACCAGCUGGAUUUUUGGUGUCAUCACCCUAUUUUGGCUAUCCUCUCCAACCAGAACCUUCCCUAGCUGGGAGGAGCUGCCCAGAUUUUAGCUAGGAGUUUUCAAAAGUAAUAUAUCUAUAGGAAGUAUACUGCUGCAGUGUACAUUUCACAUUAAUAUGUUCUGUAAUUAUGGAACUCAAAACCAUGUGAAUGGGGGAGUUGCCCAUUUAAAAGUGCAAGAUGGUGUAGAAACUGGUACAAAUACUUACUUUAGUUGUAAAACAGUUUCCUUGUACUUGGGCCACAACUGCAUAUAAAUUAUGAAACAUUUUAAACAUUUAUUGCUCUCAAAAAGUGACCUUUUGAUCAUUUAUUUUAAUUUGUGCAGAAUUUCUGCAGAGAAAUGUAGAAGACCAAUUUGGGAUAAAAUUAUUAAUAACAUAGCUAGAAGAGUAAUAAAUUACUUUUGAGUUCCAAAUGCUAUUAACUCUGUUAUAACAAACCAGGGACCUGAUUCUGCAACUCUUGAACAAUCAGUGACUAUUCGUCACCAGAAUAGUCCCACUUACUGCAAUGAUACUGCUCAGGUGAGUAAGGGUCGCAGGAUCCUGACCUGGGGCUGAGGGAAGAAAGGUAUAAAAAUGGGGAGUGGGGGAAAUUGUCCAUGAUUAUAGAUACCAGAAUUGGAUUUUUAAGUGCACAUAAUAUACCUGAGAUUAGGGAGCAUAAAUUUUACUUUUGAAAGUAAAGUGUUAGACAGAUAGGGCCAAAUAUUUUAAUACUGUUUAAAUUUAGUUUAAAACAUGUCCAAUCUCCCAGUAGUCCGAUCAUUAUAUAUGGAAAAAGUACAACCUGCACAAUAGAGAUUGUCUAUGUAAAAUCCUAAAAACAUUAUUACUUCAAAGCAUUUUGUUCAGCAACAUGUAUAUAAAUACAAAUUGGACAAAGUGGUCUUCAAGUUCUAUUUGUAAAAUUAGUAAUGUAUAAAAUGUAAAGACAAAUUCAUAAUUUAAAAUGUAUGUACAGCAUUGACAACAUUAAUUAUUUAGUAGUCAUAUUGAAUUGUUUUAUGUCAAACUGGUUGAAAUUUUAAUUUUUGGUUGUAAUUCGCUACAAAAUGCCAUUCAUAAACUUUGAGCCUAUUAAGCAAUGUUCAUUUGGAUACAGUGUCAGUACGUUUGUAUUUUGUUUUCUAUACAUUAAAAGUAGUAGUAAAUUUUGUUCUUUUGCAAACUAUUUUACAUCCAUACAGCUGUGAUGCUGCAGAUUUAAUAUAGUUUAUAACAGUGUUGAAUAUGCAGUUAACUUGUCAGAUUAACAUAACUGAAUUUAAAGUGUAUAGAAAAAUAAAGAAUUAUAUUAAAUUG